GUUUUGCGGAAGACUAAGGGAGGAGUUUCGUAAAAUGUGUGUUAGUUGGGUUAUUUGACAGUCACUGACAGAAAACCGGAGUCCAUCAGCUCAGUGGCCGUUUAUGGACCAUCCCUAUGAAGAAACAAGGUUACAAUGGGACAGAGUACCUCGGAACAAGAGGUCCAAACAGACGACCCCGAGGUCGAGUUUGAUGAAAUCAAGACAUUUGUGGAGGAGGAACUUCAGACCAGCAUGAUGAUGGGGAUUUUAAUUGGCGCUGGUGUUGCCAUAGUCCUCAUUGCCAUUCUCAUCUUCUUCAUCCUGCGAAGGAUCCAACUUCGAAACCUAGAAGCACAGGAGGCUCCCAAGUACCGCUUUCGAAAGAGGGACAAAGUCAUGUUCUAUGGGCGAAAGAUCAUGCGUAAAGUCUCCCAGUCUACCUCUUCCCUGGUGGGUACUUCCUCCUCCUCUAGGCCACGCCUGAAAAAGAAGCAGAAGAUGCUCAACAUUGCCAAAAAGAUUCUGCGCUUUAAGAAGGAAGUGCCUACUCUGCAGGCGAAAGAACCCCCUCCCUCUGUACUGGAGGCAGACCUUACAGAGUUUGAUGUGGCCAACUCUCACCUUCCGUCUGAGGUGCUGUACAUGCUGAAAAAUGUCCGAGUGCUGGGCCAUUUUGAGAAGCCCCUCUUCCUGGAGUUGUGCAAGCACAUGGUGUUUGUGCAGUUCCAACAAGGGGAGUACGUCUUCAGGCCAGGCCAGCCGGACAGCAGCAUCUACGUGGUUCAAGAUGGAAAACUAGAAUUGUGCCUUACAGGAGUGGAUGGCAAAGAAAGUGUGGUGAAGGAGGUUUUCCCAGGAGACAGUGUGCACAGCCUCCUCAGCAUCCUGGAUGUCAUCACAGGCCACCAGAAGCCUUACAGAACAGUGUCAGCACGGGCUGCUGAGGUUUCUACUGUUCUGCGUUUGCCAGUAGAGGCCUUCCUCUCUAUAUUUGAGAAGUACCCUGAGAGCCUGGUGCGGGUAGUACAGAUUAUUAUGGUUCGUCUCCAAAGAGUAACAGUCUUAGCCCUGCAUAACUACCUGGGCCUUACAAAUGAGCUCUUUAGUCAUGAAUUGCAUCCCUCACGUCAGCCGCCUCCUUCUCCCCACCCAACCCGCACCAGUCCCAUCCGCCACGGCAAGCGCUUUGGCAGCUUGACAGUGCCUGAGGAGUAUCGAGAAGCUGCCAUAAAAGGUGAUAUGGCAGGAGAUCAAGGGAAAGAUGGAGCAACUCUUAGCAGGACCAUCUCCAUGCCUGUAGAUAUUGCUGGUAUGCAGAAAAGUCUGAAAUCAGACUUUGACAUGGCAUAUGAAAGGGGACGGAUCUCUGUUUCUGCAGAAGACGGCAGCACUCCACCUAACUUUACUCGGUCUGUUUCCCAGGAUCAGAGGGAGAGGAAGGUGACGGUGGAUGAGGUUCCCUCAGGGAUUUACCUGUAUCCAGAGGAAGAGGCAGGAGUGGAUAAUAUUUUCACAACUGUAUCCUGUCGCUCUAGUUCAGCAUUGUUUGAAGAAGCUCAGAAGGAGGUCCUAAAGCUCAUGAGAAUUGAGGACCCUUCUCUGUUAAAUGGAAGAGUUACUUUACAUCAUGCCAAAGCUGGGGCAGUCCUGGCAAGGCAAGGAGACCAGGACGUGAGUCUACACUUCGUUCUGUCCGGUUGCCUGCAUGUGUACCAGCGGAUGAUAAACAAGCAAGAAGCCGUUUGCCUGUUUGUGACCCACCCAGGGGAGAUGGUGGGACAGCUCGCUGUGCUCACGGGAGAACCCCUCAUUUUCACCAUCAAGGCCAUACGAGACUGCACUUACCUCAAGAUAUCAAAAUCUGAUUUCUAUGAGAUUAUGAGAGAGCAGCCCAGCGUGGUGUUGAGUGCAGCUCACACUGUGGCCAUCAGGAUGUCACCAUUUGUUAGGCAGAUGGACUUUGCUAUUGACUGGAUGGCUGUAGAGGCGGGUAGAGCCCUGUACAGACAAGAUGACCAGUCAGACUGCACCUACAUUGUCCUGAAUGGACGUCUGCGCUCAGUCAUUCGCAAGGCCAAUGGCAAGAAAGAACUAGUUGGGGAAUAUGGACGAGGAGACCUCAUUGGAGUGGUGGAAGCAUUGACCAAACAACCGAGAGCCACCACUGUGCACGCUGUAAGAGACACAGAACUGGUCAAGUUGCCUGAGGGAACGCUGAACAACAUCAAGAGAAGAUAUCCUCAGGUGGUGACGAGGUUGAUCCAUUUAUUGGGCCAGAAAAUUCUGGGGAACCUCCAGCAGGGUCGAGGGCCAUUCUCAGGCUCAACUCUCAGUUUGCCGAGUAUGACCACCAGUGCUGAUGUAACAAACCCCGCCAGCAACCUCUCUACUGUGGCUGUGUUACCCGUAUGUGAUGAGGUGCCAAUCAAUGCAUUCAACCUGGAGCUCAGCCAUGCCCUCAGUGCCAUUGGGCCCACACUGUUAUUGACCAGUGACAUCAUCAGAGAGCGACUUGGUGCAUCUGCUUUGGACAGCAUCCAGGAGUACCGUCUGUCAGGCUGGUUGGCACAGCAAGAGGACAUAAAUCGAAUAGUCUUGUACCAGACUGACAACACCAUGACUCCAUGGACUCAGCGCUGUAUUCGUCAGGCAGAUUGCAUUCUUAUCGUUGGCUUGGGAGACCAGGAACCUACCCUUGGAGAGUUGGAGCAAAUGCUGGAGAACACAGCAGUCCGGGCACUGAAACAGCUGAUCCUUCUACACAGAGAGGAUGGUCCAGGCCCUUCCAGGACUGUAGAGUGGCUCAACAUGCGUAGCUGGUGCUCAGGUCAUCUCCACCUAAAGUGUCCUCGCAGGGUCUUUUCCAGACGCAGCCCCAGUAAACUGAGGGAAGUUUAUGAAAAGGUUUUUGAGAAAACAGCAGAUAGGCACAGUGACUUCUCUCGGCUGGCGCGAGUGCUGACCGGAAACAGUAUAGCUCUGGUGUUGGGAGGAGGUGGAGCAAGAGGUUGUUCUCAUGUGGGUGUAAUUAAAGCUAUGGAGGAAGCGGGGAUUCCCAUUGACAUUGUCGGAGGCACCUCCAUUGGCUCAUUCAUUGGUGCACUGUAUGCUGAAGAGAGAAGUGCCGUCAGAACCAAGCAGAGAGCCAGAGAAUGGUCCAAGGCAAUGAACUCCGUAUUCAAAACAGUCCUUGACCUGACCUAUCCCAUCACCUCCAUGUUCUCUGGUUCUGCCUUCAACACAAGCAUCUACAAAGUGUUUCAGGACAAGCAAGCGGAGGACUUGUGGCUGCCGUACUUCAACGUCACUACUGACAUCACGGCGUCAGCCAUGCGCGUUCACCAGGAUGGUUGCGUCUGGCGGUAUGUUAGAGCCAGCGCCUCCUACACCCCCUAUUUACCUCCCCUGUGUGACCCCAAGGAUGGCCACUUGCUUGUGGAUGGUUGCUAUGUUAACAAUGUCCCAGCGGACAUUGCGAGGAACAUGGGCGCCAAAACGGUCAUCGCCAUUGAUGUGGGCAGCCAGGACGAGACAGACCUCUGUAACUAUGGCGACUGCCUGUCUGGCUGGUGGUUGCUGUGGAAACGAAUCAAUCCCUGGGCUGAAAAAGUCAAGGUGCCAGACAUGGCGGAGAUCCAGUCUCGACUGGCCUAUGUGUCUUGUGUGCGGCAGUUAGAGGUGGUCAAGAAGAGUGCUUAUUGCGAGUACAUUAGACCACCCAUUGAUCGUUUCAAGACCAUGGACUUCGGCAAGUUUGACGAAAUUUAUGAUGUGGGCUUCCAGCACGGCAAGCUUGUGUUCACUGGCUGGGCUCGAGGUGACAUCAUUGAUAACAUGCUGAAGGACCACAGAUCGGCUGACUACAACGACAGCAAAAGAGUUGAUUCAUGCACAUGUCAAGGAGCUGAUUUCACGGACCUUGCAGAGAUUGUGUCCAGAAUAGAGCCAGUCCAAAACUAUGUUUCUGCUGAGGCGGAAGAGUCAGACUGUCUGACGGAGUAUGAAGAGGAUGGGAUGGACACUGUGAGAGAGGAGGAAGGACAGGAGGAGGAAGAAGAGCCAGAGGACCCAGACGACCAGUCCCCUGGAGAGUGGGGACAGAAUGGAGUCUUCCAGACUGAUGAGGAGAAAUCUGUGAGGCAGCGUCGGAAACUCACCAGUGACACUUCUGAAGUCUCUGACUGCUGACAGACAAGAUUAAGGGCCAAAAAAAGAAGAACAUGGACAAAGUGUUCAAUUCCAGAUGCUUCUGGAAAUACUGUUUUUUUUUUUUUUUUAAAUUGAACCCAUCGACUAAGCAGUCUCAACAUCUGUGAGUAAACAGGAAGUGGCUUUCUCUCCCACAAGGAGCUUAUUCUUCAAAGGUGGAUUCCCAUCUUGUGCCCUCUCACCCCAUUUGCUCAUCAGAGGAGGAACUUGCAUGCCACUUGAAUUUUUGGCUUUGCAAUGGCCGCCAGAAAGACACUUCAAUGCAUGCCUCCUGUGUAUUCAUAAACACUGUGUGUGUGUGUGUGUGUGCGCGCGUGUGCGUGUGCGUGCGCGUGCGUCUGCGUCUGCGCGUCCAUGAUGACUGAAUGUUGAACUAUAGUAGCAGGACACUGGAAGAUGGACAAGCUUCAGGAGCAAUGAAUGCUAAUGGAAGUCAAGUCAAGAGGCCAUACUGGAAAUCAGGACAAGUAAAAUGCUGAGCUGUGAGAAGCUAAAGAUGUAAAAGGGACUUUAGAAUGUUUUAAAAUUAGACUUUAAGGACGUUAAAACAGAGGAAAUGGACCAGUAAGUUGUAAUUUUAACUUAAUUCAAACUAACGCACAAUAGCAGAUUGUGAUACUGUCGGUCUCGUGUCAAACUCAGACCCGGGGGUCAAAUCUGGCCGGCGCUGCAAUUUCAUCCGGCCCGCGGAACCAUUUAGAAAAUAGCAUUGAGUUGGCCCGCCUCACGGCCCUUAUCAAAAUGAGUGCUUACAGCGAUCUGCGCAACUAAGAAACUCCUCCGAUAUAAACUACUCCUCUGGCAUUCUAAAAGUGGAAAUAAUAUUGUAUACAGGGUUCCCUCGCUACAUCGUGGUUCACCUUUUGUGGAGUCACAAUUUUGCAGAUUUUUUAAAGUGCAAUUUUGACCCCUUUUUUUUAAUUAUUUUUUUUUUACAGCGAAUGAACGAACGCGCAUUGUGUUCUGCGUCCUUGUGGUGUGUGGGAGUGAUCUAUUGGUGCUCUGCUGCGUGUUGUCUGUUAUUGUGUUUACUACUGCUACCAGUAGAGGGUGUUGUAUACUCACGUGAGAGUUGAAGACGUGUCCAGACAUGUCCCGUUCGUCUCAGUAAAUAUAGAGCCACAACAGUCCUGAUAGGCUAAGGGAGAAUUGUAUACUUGUAUACUCAUUGUACACUGCGUACUGAUUGGCUGUAGACCAUUGUCAAUCGAUCUCCUUCGUGCAGGACUGCCUGUUUCUCCUGUGAUCAUACAUGCUGAAUGAAGGCAGACGUUACGCAGCUGUAAGGUACCUGGAAUACUGUAAAUGAAUCUUCGGCUCAUGGAGGACGACGAGGAGGAAUAUGUUUUGACAAGGAUACAAAAACGCUACAGCCCAACUGCACCAGGACAAGCCACGAUCAGAGGAGUGAAUACGUGCGAGUUUUGGCCCCCUGUGCGAUUGACACCCCUGCUGUAGGUAGUUGGUAAUGAAGAGGAGAUGGAGAGUAUGUGAUGGACUUUUGGAAUGAAUGAGGUGUUUCUAGUAAUCCAAGUAGUUCAGAUGACACAGAGUGUCAAACUUUGGCCAGUGUUUUAUCCCUAAUCCCCUUUGUCGCUACGCAGGGUUUCCUGAUAAUACACGAUGACGACAAAGAAUCCUUCACAUGGAGAUGCUCGUAUUCCUAACACACUGUACAGUAUCACAACCACAUGUUGACGUUAUGAGCUCACAGACUCCGCACAAACACCCCAAGCAAAGGUCACCUCAUGUACCUGAAUGAAUAUAUGGACCGUUUUAUACGAGGUUGACAUUGCUUAGCUUCACAACAAAGAAACCUUCAUCGAAACAAAAGUGGUCUUUAACUUUAAUUGUACUGUUUGUCUUUUUUUGCCAGGUCUUUAAUUUAUAUCUAUACACUACUUGAUUUUUGUAUUAAUUUUUUGUGUGCAUGUACAGUAUAUUUUAUUAAUUUGUGGUGUUUUUUAAUUUUUUUUAAAUUUUGCUUAAAUAUGGUCUGUACGGAAAUAUUGCAAGCACUCCUUGCUCAUAAGAUUCUAAUUUAUCAUCUGAGAACAUAAUUAAUUUAAUAUGUACACUAAUAAAUAUAUGCAUAAUGCCACAUUG